AUGGCUCUCGUGAUGGACCCCAUCAGCAAAUGGAGCCCGAAGCAGGUGCUCCAGUGGAUGAGAGGACUGGAUGACUGUUUGCUGCAGUAUGUGCGUGUGUUUGAGAGAGAGAGGAUUUCUGGUGAGCAGCUGCUGCACAUCACCCAUCAGGAGCUCGAGGAGCUCGGAGUCACGCGCAUCGGCCAUCAGGAGCUCAUCCUCGAAGCAGUGGACCUGCUCUGUGCUCUGAACUAUGGUCUGGAGACAGAGAACCUGCGCUCUCUCUCCCAUAAGCUCAACGCUUCAGCUAAAAACCUGCAGAAUUUCAUCACGGGCCGGCGACGUGGCGGUCACUACGAUGGCCGGGUGUGUCGCCGGCUGCCUAAUGACUUCCUCACGAGCGUGGUGGAUCUGAUUGGAGCUGCCAAGAACCUGCUGGCCUGGCUGGACAGGUCACCGUUUGUCAGUGUCACUGAGUAUUCAGUGCUGAAGAACAACAUUGUCCAACUCUGUCUCGAGUUAACCACCAUAGUGCAACAGGAUUGCACUGUGUAUGAAACAGAGAAUAAAAUACUCCAUGUGUGUAAGACUCUGUCAGGAAUCUGCGAGCACAUCAUCUCCCUGUCGUCUGAUUCAUUGGUGUCGCAGUCCGCCCACCUAGAGGUCGUCCACCUCACCAACGUCUUGCCCAACGAGGGUCUGGGCAUGUAUAUUAAAUCCACAUAUGACGGUCUUCACGUGAUCACCGGUACCACGGAGAAUUCUCCCGCUGAUCUCUGUAAGAAGAUUCAUGCAGGUGAUGAGGUCAUUCAGGUCAACUACCAGACUGUGGUGGGAUGGCAGUUGAAGAACUUGGUAAAUUCUCUACGUGAGGAUCCGAGUGGUGUCGUUCUCACACUGAAAAAAAGACCCCAGAACACACUAAGCUCAGCACCGGUCCUGCUCAAGAACACCCGCUGGAAACCCCUCGCACUGCAGCCCCUCUCCACCAGUCCAUGUAGUGAGUCUACCACGCCUCCCAGCACUUUGGGAAUCUCACCUGGUUUGGACACACCCUCAGGACAUGAUGUGUUUAUACUGUCCCCGGCAUAUGGACACAGGGAUGAUGAAUUGGACCGGGUUGGUUUUGGUGUUUUUGGCUCUGAAGGGUUCUUCAUGGAUCAGGAGGCUUUGGUGGGACCUCACUUCCCCCUGCUGGAUGACGAAAUGGGCAGAAACGCUGGACUACGACGCCGAGACCGAACUCCAACGCGGGGUGACCCCCGGCAGGUGUCUCAUGCAUCCGAGUGGCUCGCUGAGCCUCAGGAGUCUGGAGUUUACAAGCGAGGAAGCAGAGACUCGGACUCCUCCCUCGUACGCUUCCUGAGCGACGACAGGAUGCUCGUCUUACAGGAAGAGGCAGAGUUUUCCCAGCGUGACACUACCCGGCGGACCAGGAAGAAGAGCCGCAAUCCCAGCAGCCCAAGUUUUCCCAUCAGCCCCUCCCUGCUGGCCCCGCCCGUCCGGCUGGACUCAGGACCCCCGGAUGGGCUGCCCUUCUCUCUGCCCGAUACCAGCACGAUGCCACAUUACCAUAGAGCCACAGACACACUGCGAGCCGACACUGACAGGUAUGCCGGUUCUGCUGGGGAUCGACAAGCAGGCGCAUCCAUGAGGAAGUCAGUGCAUUAUGCCUCCUUAAGGACCAAGACCAAGAAGAAAAGCAGAGGGUCUCAGAGUAACUCGAGCAGGAGGCGUAUCGCCUGUAAGGAUCUUGGACAUGGCGACUGUGAAGGCUGGCUGUGGAAGAAGAAGGACGCUUCGGGCUACUUCACCCAGAAAUGGAAGAAAUACUGGUUCAUCCUCAAGGACUCGGAUCUCUACUGGUACACCAACCAGAACGACGAGAAGGCAGAAGGCUUCAUCAGUUUGCCAGAGUUCCGUAUUGACAGAGCGAUCGAAUGCAGGAGGAAACAUGCCUUCAAGGCUUGCCAUCCGAAAAUUAAGAGCUUCUUCUUUGCAACGGAUCACCUGGAGGAGAUGAACAGGUGGAUGAAUCGUCUUGGCUUGGCCGCGAUUGGCUACACUCCGGAUGAUCCGGUGCCCCGCCCAGAUGAAGAUUACUGGAGCGAGAGCGAUCAGGAGGAGGUCGAUGGAUCCAUGACACUGAAACAGGAGUCAAGUUACCAUUGCAAUCCUGCUGCGAGCUCGUCCAGUGCGUUUGGCGAGCGCCAUUUCUCCAGUGGCUCCACUUUCUCACACUCAUCCGCCGAGGACUCGCACUCUUCCUGUCGCUCCACCCAUCGUGAGCGUGAGCGCCGCUCCUGGCAGGACCUGAUCGAGACCCCCGUGGGCUCUUCAGGGCUCCACUACCUCCAGACGGGCGCAGGAGGGGACGGACGUGUAACGGUCUCACCCGAGAGGCUGCGCCAGGCCACGCUACCCGCUAGACGACAACGCCCACAACGACACGACGGGCCGUUCCCGCUGACGGACAGCGAAGAGCCCCGCCCACGCGACCACUCCCACAAACAGAGAAGUCAAAGCCUCCCGCGGCACCGCUCACACGGCACGCUGCGUCCACGCUCCCGGCUUCACGAGGAAGAGGAGGAGGAGGAGGAAGAAGAGAGUGUGUGCGAGGUCCGACAGCAGGUGUGUGAGCCUCCAAAGCAUGUGUGUGAAGAACCGGACCCUCUGGAAGAGUUGUAUCGCUCUCUGGAGCAAGCGAGCGUGUCUGCGUUUGGACACCAGCGGCCCUCCACACGCCAGGAGUUCCGCCGCUCAUUCGUCAAGCGCUGCAAUGACCCGGCCACUAACGAAAAGCUCCACCGCAUCCGGGCGCUCCGAUCCACGCUAAAGGCGAAAGAAGGAGACCUGGCUGUGAUUAGUCAGGUGCUAGAUGACCCCGGCCUGACCUCUCGCAAGUUCCACGAGUGGAAGCAGAGGAACCAAGAGCUCUUCCUGGAUAUCUGUGAGUUUAGCGCUGCCCCUCUGGAACUGCCAACUGAGCCAGGUGACCUUUCACCUCUGUCUCAGACACUGCUGAUGCACACACACUCCUUUAUAGAGACACAUGUCUGAAACACACACACACACACACACACACACACUCACAGCAACAGACACCAGAGACUUUCAGCGGUGUAUCUGUAAUGAACCCGGAGGAAAAGACGCACAUUGGGACAGAAGACACCAUGAAAAUGAAACACUGUGGCCCCUCCUCUUCCUUCUGAUUGGAUAUCUGACCUUUAACUGACAGCUGACUGAGCCACUGUAAGAGAACUGAUUUGCGAAGACUUCAGAACGUGUCUUGGACAAACACACUGCUUCUUCUUCGUUUGUCCGACGGAUUCACAAUCAUCACACUCGUGAUGUGUGUAUGUCACUGCUCACACACUGAUCGUCUACACACCCCUUAAAGGAGCAUUUUAGCCAGAAAUCAAAUGUACACAAUGUCCCUCUUACACCAGACGUUGUCAGUCGACCGAGACAUGUUGUGUGUCUGAGGCUAAUGUAGCUAAAGUAGCUAACAAAUAAAUGAAGCUAGCUAGUCUGUCGGGUCCUGAACACAUGGCAGCUUGUGAACACAACUUGCCUAAAAAACAGCUAACAGCUAGAUAAUUUACUACAGCUAACUAGCAAUUCGGCAACUCAAAAGUUAGCCAUGUCAGGUAGUGACAUACACUGUAAUGUAAGAGAGUACAUUACCCAGGUGAUUAUGACAACAAUAAAAAUGUAGACAUGUCAAAACAGUGCUCAGAAUCUCGAGAGAACAGAAUUAUGGGAUCGACCACAUUGAGACGGAGACGUGUGGCACGUCCCUUAAAUUGGCAGAAAAUAAAGUGUCCAGACAAGCAGCUGCCUUGCAAAUGUCUACACUUGGUAGGGAAACUAGGUAGGCAGCAUCAUAAUAUGCAUGAAACAGAAUCAACUUUAGGCCACGCCUCUUUACAGCUUAAUGCUAGCUAUAAGUUUCCCUGAACUGUUAGCUACAUUAGCUUGUAACGUAGCGAUCCUCAGAUACUUGGACUACAUUUGGUGUAAGUUGGUGUAAAUUGUGUAAAGUAGUUUUUUUUUUUUUCCCGUCCAGCUAUCGCUUUAACAAACUUCAUCUGCUCGUAUCAUCUCCAGGACCUGAAGACAGCUUUAUUUUUUUCCUCAUCGCUGUUCUUGCUGGAGGUUUUUUUUUUCUGAUUUGUUUUCUUGGGACUCGUUUGUUUGUUUACUCGUUUUCCCUUCCCUCGGGAUGCUGCAGGACGAGCGCUCAUGUAGUCAUGGGCAACGGGCUUCACUCUGUUACCAAGCAACACCGCCCUACUGUGUUACCUCUCAGAGCAUGCAAAAGUGUGUGUGUGUGUGUGUGUGUGUGUGUGUGUGUGUGUGUGUGUACAUGAGAGAGACUUAGAGAAGACUGAUUGAUGAGACUGAUGCACUUCCUGUAGGAACAGCAGACUACAACGCGUCUGUAAUCAAACUUGGGUUCUUUAGAAUAUUUAGAACAUAGCUGAACUCCUGCAUGGUUUAAAAGUUAUUAAUCUACGCCGAAUGAGCUGACGAAGUCUGUAUAUAAGAGAAAUAUCCUUUGCCUAGCUGCAUCCUCUGUUCAAAACUGUGAACUUUUAAUUGUGAAUGCAAUCUUCUGGCACUGAAAAGGCAGAAGCUUUCUAAUUUUCUUUUCUAAAAAAAAAAGGAACACAAAAAAGACUCAAGCUUUGCUUCUCUGGUAUCCUGACUGUUUUCGCUUGGGGGGCAGCUGGUUAUUACCUCUUACAUUUUGGCUUACAUUCAGGUCGGGGAUGUUGUGUUUUGUUUUGUUUUUCCUUCAACUCGGGUUUGAGUAUUUUUCAAUUAGUCUAGAACUCUGAGUUUCAAGUCCAGUGAGUCUUAAAGUUUUCAAAGGUUCACAAAUUGUCAGUCGACAGUCCAUGGAUUUGAGAAUUUAUAGAAAAUCCCUGAGCUUUGAGUUCAUAAUCCAAGGAUUCUACCAUUUUUAUGAAAUCCUGAAACUCUGAGUUCCAAGU